UCACUGAUGUGGACAGAGUGAAAGAGACUUGUAAAGAAAUCUUCAGCAGUGAUAUAGAUUGAGAAUUUCUGCCCUAUGCUUCCAGUAAGAAUAAAUGACGUUGCUAAUAAUGAUGCCUUAAAACCCAAGGCCAAGGUUGCAACUAGCCUGGAUGGUUUGCUGGAAAUGCUGGCUGAACGUGAAGAACUCACAUGGAUCAAGCUAAGAAUAGAAAGAAUGAAGGAGAACUGGAUAAAGGAUAUGAAAGCAUUGGCAAAGAAGCAGAAUUUAGAAAAUCGACCAAACAAAAAGAUUUUACUUCAUUUAGGCCUUUUGACAAAGGAGUCAGGAUUUAAGAUAGCCGAGAAUGUCUUCAAAGGAGGCCCACUUGGGGAAUUGGUGCAGUGGAGUGACCUCAUUGCCUCAGUGUAUUUAUUAGGUCACAACUUGAUGCUUUCUACAUCAGUAAAUGAGUUAAAAGGUUACUUGAGCAUCUUGACUGGAAAUAAAGAUGGAUGUCCAAUCAGGGGACCAAAGCUAUUGGACCUAAUAUACAUUGACAUUGUUGGGUUAAAACAACUGCAAACUGUACUAGGAGGAUCUUUCACCCACUAUCGAUGCUUGUUGAGGGUUCUUGAUUCUUUUGGAACUGAACCGGAAUUUAACCAUGCUGAAUAUGCCAAGAGAAAGAACCAUGGAUCCCCCUGGGGCAAACUGAAUCUAAUUCCUAAGCAGUUUUACAACAUGUUCCCCCAUACACCUGAUAACAGUUUUUUGGGCUUUGUGGUGGAGGACCGUUUCAACAGUAAUAAUAUUACACUCAAUAAGAUACCAAGAACUAAUAAAGCUCUGAUUUAUGGUAAACUGGCAGGCUAUUGGAAGGACAAAUCGUCUUUCCUGGAUAUUGUCAAAAAUUAUGCUGAGAUCCAUGGUACUUUUCAUAAUGAAAAUCAUGUCCUUUUACCUAAUUUUAUAAUUAAUCAUGGGAUCCUCAGUGGGCAUGACCUUCAUCUCUUGCUAAGAGAGACUAAGAUUUUUGUAGGGCUAGGAUUUCCCUAUGAAGGCCCAGCACCUCUUGAAGCAAUUGCAAAUGGCUGCAUAUUUCUGAAUCCAAAAUUUAACCCUCCAAAGAGCAGGAAAAACACUAAUUUCUUCCAAGGGAAACCAACAUUCAGAGAGUUUCUUUUGCCAAUUCUCCUGAUUGCUGAAGAAAUUGAAUUGUUGCUGGGAUACCGUUCCCAAGAUGCCAAGCAUCUUGUGUCGGUGAACACGUAA